AUGGCGAGAGACCUGUCGCCGUACAGUGCGCGACGACUGCUUACGCAACAAUUAGUCCAAGGAAAGACUGCCUCGCCCCCAGCAGUCUCAGGCGGGAACGCAAGUCCGAGCAGCUUCUCGAAACAUGGGUCAGAACGCGUCGGGAAAGAGCCUUCGAUAGCAUCUGGUCGCCCAUGGCGGAGUAGGUCGAGGGAGAGGAAGCCCAGGCACCUAUCCAAAGACGACGAACCAAGGGAAGCGGCCACCGAGCCCAGCGCUGUUCGCAAGCGGGAACAAUCCCCAGAACCAUACAGGAAGCCGCGAGAUUCGUCCAGAGAGAGGAGACGCGACGGUUCGAGAGAGCGGAGGAAGAAUCGCUCCAAGGACAGGCGACGCGACAGGUCACGAGACAAAAUACGAGACAGAUCAGGCGACAGAAAGAAAGAUCGUUCCAAGGACAGGCGGCGCGACCGCUCACACGACAAGGACAGGGAUGGAGACAGGCACAGGAAGCGCGAUCGCUCCAAGGACAGACACAGCCGGCGAGAUCGCUCGCGCUCCAGAGACCGACGACGAAGAGACAGGUCCAAACAAGGCCGACGUUCACGCUCGCCUAUACCAUAUCGUUCCCGCAAACCGCGUACUCGCUCGCCCUCCGCAUCUACAUCCCCUCCGCCCAAACGUCGCCGACGUACACGCUCCCCAUCGCCUUCGCGCUCAUCUUCUCCACGCAAGCCCGCCAAGAAAGCGCUACCGUCGCAAGAAAUCUCCUUCCGCGGGCUGGACGACUCCGCCCAACCACCCUCGAAAUAUGGCGGCGCACCACCUGACAAGGAGAAACCAAACUUCAAGCCUACUGGCGCGCUAGCCAAAGCUGCCAACCGCGUAGAAGGCACCAAGAUCUCCCUCAAGUACCACGAGCCACCCGAGGCGCGAAAACCACCCGCUUCGCAACCCUGGCGCAUCUUCGUAUUCAAGGGCGAUGAUGUGGUAGAUACCAUUGAAAUCUGGCAGAAGAGUUGCUGGCUACUGGGACGAUCACAUGAAGUCGUCGACUACGUCCUUGAGCACCCCAGCUCGAGUGGACAACAUGCAGCCAUCCAGUUCCGGUACAUACAGAAGACGAUCGAAGACGAGUUUGGCGUGAAGAGCCAACGAGGAAAGGUCAAGCCCUACAUUAUCGAUCUGGAAAGCAGUAAUGGCACGGAGCUGAACGGCGAGGAUCUCGAAGCGAGUCGCUACUUUGAGCUCAGAGACAAAGACAUAAUCAAAUUUGGAGGGAGCGAGAGGGAGUAUGUGGUCAUGCUGCCACAAGCAGAUGCUAAGUAG